AUGACUUAUUCUCCAUCCAAUUCCAUCUCAAGGAAUGAUUACAGUGACUACAGUGACUACACUGUCAACAACAGUAUCAAUGGCAACAGUAACAACAACAAUAACAAUAAUAACAACAACAAUGAGAGGUUGGUCAAUUUGAAACAAAGGAAUGCAUUGUUUGGAUCCAGCUCAAGGGAUUCACAACUUAACAUGUUGAGUAAUCUCACUCAGUUGGGUUCCAAUCCUUCAUCAACGAUCAAGGGACUGUCAUCAACAUUGUUCUAUAUUGAGAAUGAUCAAUUGCCAGAAGCAAAGGAUAUUGCUUUCAAGAUAUGGGUCACCCAACAUUUGGUCCAUGUGCCAGAGACCAACCAGCCACCACCUCCAACUGUUCAGAUGGUACUCGAUGACAUUGGCCAACGAUUGUUAAAGAGUGAGACAGACAUCAACUAUGUAGCAUACAUCAUGCACAUGGGAACUGAGAUUGAAGAUAUAUCCAUGCAACAUGUUGAGGCUUGUCGAUCAUUCAUGUGGAUGUUUGGUGGCAAGGCCAUCCAGAAGUGUCUACUCUUUGACCAGGCCGAGAAGUACAGUGAGGCAGAGCGCCUGGCAUUCAAAGAGAAGCUCACCACUCACGUAGCACUCCAUGCGCUCAUAACAAGAGAGAACUUGACCAUUGACUUCAUCUCGAAUCCAGAGCCAGCCGACCAAACUACCAGGCGUAGACUGAUUCAAUCAAUAUGUGCUGCUGACCAAGUCCAGAAUGUCCAACAAAUGAACUUCAACGCCGCCAAGAUCAGUUUGAAGCCAACUGCAGAGUCAAUCAUUCGUUAUAGUGACUUCUUGGCAACAUAUAUCAUUCCAUUUGGAGUGUUGGCAGCAUGCUUUGUAACAUCAAAGAGGAUUACAAAGGCUGGAUGUAUGCUUUAUGGAUUGCAUGCACUUAGAUGGGUUGGUCCUUCAAUCAAGACUGGUGUAUGUUCCUUUUUAGAUGAUCCAUCUGGUACAGUCGACAGAUUCCUGGAUAAUACCUUGGGCAAAGUCUCCGAUUAUAUUGCAGGUAACAAGUGUUGGGAUUGA